CAACGUUCAACGUUCGUCUGGUUCGUCAUUUCAAUUUCAAUCGUGCUUUGGUCGUCGUGUCUUGUGUUUCAAUGUUUUGUGCGUGUAAUUUAAUAGAAUAUAAUUGUGGUGAAAUAAAUCUAUAUACAUUGUUCUUUGUUGUAAUCUAUAAAAUUUGUGGUGUUACGUGAAGACGGAUGAUAAUUUAUUGAAUCUUCACGAUGAUUGCAUUAACUGACGACGUAUACAAAUUAUUUGACAGCAUCACAGAGAAAGUAUGCCGAAAUGUCCGUCAGCUAAUGGAGCAGCUAUGGCUGAUCUGGUCCCACGUCGGUGUAGAAUACGACGUGAAGGUCAGCAACAUAUACAAGCUGGUGCAGAUUGAGAAGGAUCUCCACAGGGAUGUGUUGUAUGAAACUAAACAGAAACUUAAGACCAUGGAACAGCAAGUUGAAGAAUUAAAAGACGAGACCAAGAAAUUGAGCCAGUACCUGUCUGUUGACAUGAGUAUUACAGAGUACAACGAUGAGAUGAUGCUGUUCGAGUAUAAAAAAGUGCUGGAAGACCAGAUUAUGGAAUAUAGAGAACAACUGGAGCAGCGGCGCACUGAAAUCAACCGCCUGCUGGAAUGGCAGCAUGAUCUGACAGAUAAACUCGGAGUCACCUUCCCCGAGAUGCAGGACAUCCCGCUCCCGCCCCAAGAGGAGUUGGACAAGUUGAGGGAGCAUCUUGAAAUGCUGCAGUCAGAGAGGGACAAGCGAUCUGAAAUAUUCCUGCACACACAGAUUGAAAUUAAGGAUAUUAUGGGAAAACUCCAUAUCAGACCACAGGGCAAGUUUGAGCAUGAUGUGGUCAUCUCUCUAUAUGUGGACUUCAAGGUGACGGAUCUGAACAUGGACCGUCUGGCCAAGUUCCGCCAGGACUUGCAGGAAAAGUAUGACCGGACCAACAACCGGGUAUUAGAACUGCGCGAGCGUCUGUCCAAACUGUGGGAGUGCUUGGACGAAGACCAGAUAUACAGAGACAAUUUCCUCCAGGAGCACCCUGGGUGCCAUCCGGCCACUGAAGCCGCUAUUAAAGAGGAGAUCAAGCGGUGUGAUCAGAUCAAGAGGCAGAAGAGUCAGGUAUUAGAACUGCGCGAGCGUCUGUCCAAACUGUGGGAGUGCUUGGACGAAGACCAGACAUACAGAGACAAUUUCCUCCAGGAGCACCCUGGGUGCCAUCCGGCCACUGAAGCCGCUAUUAAAGAGGAGAUCAAGCGGUGUGAUAAGAUCAAGAGGCAGAAGAGUCAGGUGUUGGUAGCGAACAUGCGCACGAAGAUCGAGCUCAUGUGGGACAAGAUCAUGUACUCGAGCUUGCAGCGAGAUUUUGCGCGGCACAAUUAUCUGGAUAGACCUCUGGAAGACACCUUCACACUGCACCAGAUUUAUCUGGAUAGGAUUAAUAACUACUACAAUGAGCACAAGCAUAUAUUCCAGUUAGUCUUGAAGCGCAAGAACCUCUGGCUGCAGCAAGCCGAGCUCGACGCGCUCGCCUCCGAGCCGGGCCGCUACCACAACCGCAAGGGGAAUCUGCUGACGGAGGAAAAGAAGAGGAAAGCUGUCGAAAAUAAUCUCCCGAAAAUUGAGGCCCAACUUCGCGAAGCAGUAACAGAGUUCGAGGCGAAAACUGGCGAGGUCUUCUACGUGAACGGACUGCCUCUGCUGCAGCUCACCGAGGACGAAAAGGAGUCGAGAAAAGCUGAGAUUCAGAAGAAGCUAUCUGCGCGCAAGCAGACGUUGACGCCCACCACCACCGCAGGCUCCGCUCUGUUCCGCUGGGUGGCUACGUCGCCGCGCGGUAAGCGCAACAGCACCGCCGAGAAGAACAGGCCGCCGUCGAAGCGCCAGCUGAUAACCGGCAGCGCCCCCAAGGCUGUAUCGGCGCUCACUCAUAAUCUGUCUGCAACAUCUACUGCUAAGAGGCGAGUCAGCGGGCGACUAGCCACGAAGGCCAUCGUGGCGAAAGCGGAGAGCCACGGCGCCACCUUGGAUCGUAAGCUGGACUACGGAGCCGAUGUCCCCAAGCCGCCCAAAGCGAACGGCAGCAUUCUGAAGCACAAGCGCUCGUCCGUCGGCAAGCGGCGCAGCGGCGGGUUGCGCGAAUCCGCGCCCCGCCCCCACCCCGACACCGACUUCGACACCGACACCAACAACAAGAACCCGCUCACGGAGACCAGACAGCUUACUUCACACACUGAUUUCAAGGAAGACAUGGUUGAGAAGAAAAUAGGCCGCAGCUCCAUGGUACCGAAGCCCUAUACCGAUGUCCCCAUGAUCACCGUCUACGACUCUAUCGAGGAGAUAAACUCCCCCGACUAUCAAAAAAUAAAUCCGACCAGAUUGGCGCCCAUGACCCCAAAAACGGGAAAGGAAAAUAAGCAACACGCUGAGACUAAUCUUUUGUACACUCCCACAAGACUUACUAAAUCAGCAUUAAAACUACAUAAUGAAAGCUUCGCUCCCCGAGCGCCGCUCAGCGACUGCAAGCAAAACAUUCAUGGAACAAAUUCCAACAACAACUUGGCUUUCAAGAACACCCACAGCAAUAUGUUAGGAUCCAAAACGCAGACGGAUCCACUGAGAACUAAGCCUUUUGUUUAAAAUACUGUUAAUAUUCCAUCCUAAAGAGAAAACGCAUAUAAAGUAACUGUGUAUUUAUUAGAUACGAUGGCAGUGAACAUGUCUACACAUAUAAUUUUGUACUGAAUUUUAUAAAAAUGGCGACUGCACGUGGUAAUUAUUGUGAUUGUAAUUAUAGUUAAAAUGUUGUAGAUGGUGAUAAUUUUAUACGUAUACUUUCUAACUAAUGUUUGAUGUAUAUAUUUGAAUAUCUUUUUAAUUUUAAAAUAAUAUAAUUUUGCGCGUUUAGUUGUGAGAAGUUUUAAUUUGUUUAUGAGUCAAAUUAGGUUAGUUAUAAUGUUUUGACUUUGAAUGUUUGUAUUUCGGAUUAUAGAUUGAUUAUUAUGCGUGAAUAUCAUGUUCAAUUAUUACAAUAUGUUUAUGCCAUUAUCAUCAGUUGCGAUCAACUGGAAUUGAUCGAUAAUUUGAAGUCUCG